AAGUAGUAGUAUAUCCUUUCUUUUUUAUUUGUUUUUAGACCCCCCGGCCGCUGACGUCAUCACCCCCUUCGUCGUUUCCAUUCCUAACCUAAUUUUUUUUCUAAAAAGAUCCGCCAUUGAUCUUUUUCAAGCUCAACUUCCACAUUUCACGAUCGAUCAAUAUUCAUGGCACACGUAUGAGAACUGUUUUUAUCUCAAUAUAUAACUAGACUGAGCAUAAGUGAGGCUGUAAUGGACAUUUCAUGUCGUUUCCAAAGUCACGGAGGUGAAGUUACUAGUUCUACAGCAUUAAAACAGCUGACUGUGCGCUCAAGGUUUGAUUAUAAAGCACUUAGCAAUACACGAGUCGUUUUAAAAGUUGGACGUAGGAAGAAGUUGACGAAAUUGAUUGCAUCUAGUUGCAGUAGUGCUAAUUCAGGUAAAGUAUUUGGUUGUGAAUUGAAGAGUUGUUUGUGGAGAUGUAACAAACCGAAAUGCAACGUUUGUUUACUUGAGGCGACAAGAGGAGUAAAAGUAACUUGUCUGGGAAACGAUUCAAUUGCAUAUAUAGAUGGAAUUGAAAAAGAUGUUGAGAGCAUUAGUGGAGAUAACUCAUUAGGGGAAACUGAUUUUGGUCCAGAAAAGAAGAACGGUACAAAUAACGGGAAUGAGGAAGAUGAGUUAGAGAACCCGAGUGUAGAUGAACUGAGAAAAGUAUUGCAAAAGGCACUUAAAGAAUUAGAAAUUGCGCAACUAAAUAGUACCAUGUUUGAAGAGAAAGCUCAAAGAAUAUCAGAAUCAGCAAUAGCGUUAAAAGAUGAAGCUUCAGUUGGUCAAGAUAAUAUCAAUUCAGUUUUGCUUUCUAUUGAAAAGGUUGAGAAUGAAGAGAUUGCUGCUAAAGAAGCUAUUCAGAGAGCAACAAUGGCUCUUUCUUUAUCUGAAGCUAGACUUAAAGUGGCUCUUGAUUCAUUAGAAGCCGCAAAAGAAAGUGAAGAAGAAAACGCGAGUCCAAUGGGAGAAUUAGAGGAAGCUGUCUUUAUUGCUCAGGAAGACAUAAGAGAGUGUCGUUUGACAUUAGCAAAUAGUCAGGGAGCAUUGACUGAAUUGCAGAUCAAGAAAGAGGAUUUGCAAAGAGAAGUGGAUGUUCUUAAAGAUCUUGCAGAUAAAGCCCAGAUGGAUGCUUUGAAAGCUGAGGAAGAUGUGGCAAAUAUAAUGCUUUUAGCAGAGGAAGCUGUUGCGAUUCAACUCGAGGCGACAAAACGUGUUAAUGAUGCUGAAAUCGCAUUGCAGAAAGCUGAAAAAAUGCUUUCUGUUUCCCAUGUGGAUGACUCUGAAGGUGUCAGUGAUGAGUCAGCUAGCGAGGAUAAGGACAUUCAAGGAAAUUCAAUUGAGAUAACUGUUGAAGAUAAGGGCGUGAUCACUGAGGAUGUGCCAGAUAGCCUAAUGUUUGACGAGUCAAGAUUUUCUGAUGACAGCGAUCAAGAGGAUGGAAUACCAAUAAAAGAGACCGAAAUUGAUGCAGAAAAAACAAAAAAUCAAACAAAAAAGCCAGAAACGCAGAAGGAUUUCACCAAAGACAGCUCACCAUUAAGUUCACCUAAAACAUUAUUGAAAAAGUCUUCCCGUUUCUUUUCAGCCUCAUUUUUCUCUUCUGCAGAAGAUGAUACCGAGUUUACCCCAACUUCAUUUUUCCAGUGGCUAAUCGAUUCCGCAAGAACGCAAAUGCCUAAGCUGGUGCUUAGCACUUUGCUUGUUGGUGCAGGUUUUGCUUUUUAUGCUAAACGAGAGCAGCAUAUCCAUCAACUAUUUCGACAACCUGAUAUUAUCACCACCAGUAUUGAUGAAGUUUCGUCAAAUGCUAAACCAUUGGUUAAACAAAUAAGGAAGUUACCGAAGAGAGUUAAAAAGCUAAUUGAGAUGCUUCCUCAUCAAGAGAUUAACGAAGAAGAAGCUUCCCUGUUGGACGUUUUAUGGUUAUUACUUGCCAGUGUUAUCUUUGUGCCUAUAUUCCAGAAACUUCCUGGAGGCAGUCCUGUUCUUGGGUAUCUGACAGCUGGCAUCUUGAUUGGACCAUACGGACUUUCAAUCAUACGUAAUGUACAUGCUACAAAAGCAAUAGCUGAAUUUGGAGUUGUUUUCUUACUUUUUAAUAUUGGCCUUGAGCUUUCUGUUGAAAGGCUUAGUUCCAUGAAGAAAUAUGUUUUUGGAUUAGGUUCUGUUCAGGUCUUGUCGACAGCUGCCAUGGUUGGAUUGGUUGUUCACUUUGUCUGUGGACAGCUAGGACCUGCUGCAAUUGUCAUUGGUAAUGGGCUUGCAUUAUCUUCAACUGCUGUAGUCCUUCAGGUAUUGCAGGAACGAGGGGAAAGCACGUCACGCCAUGGACGGGCUACAUUUUCUGUUUUACUCUUUCAGGAUAUUGCAGUUGUUGUUUUGCUGAUUCUUAUACCUCUUAUUUCACCAAAUUCAUCAAAAGGAGGGAUUGGGUUCCAGGCAAUUGCUGAAGCUCUUGGAUUGGCUGCUGUGAAGGCACUUGUAGCUAUUAGUGCCAUUAUAGCUGGAGGACGCUUGUUGCUUCGUCCAAUUUACAAACAAAUUGCGGAGAUGCAAAAUGCUGAGAUAUUUUCAGCAAACACUCUCUUAGUUAUCCUGGGAACCAGUCUCCUUACUGCUAGGGCUGGCCUUUCCAUGGCACUAGGAGCAUUUUUGGCUGGUUUGCUACUUGCAGAAACCGAAUUCUCAUUGCAGGUUGAAUCAGAUAUUGCUCCUUAUCGUGGCCUUUUAUUGGGCCUCUUUUUCAUGACAGUUGGGAUGUCUAUUGAUCCAAAACUUCUUGUAUCAAAUUUUCCUGUUAUUUUGGGGUCGUUAGGGCUUUUAAUUGCUGGGAAGACCAUACUUGUGGCUUUAGUUGGUAGGCUUUUUGGUGUCUCACUAAUAUCUGCAAUUAGAGUUGGUCUUCUGCUUGCACCUGGUGGAGAAUUUGCAUUUGUGGCCUUUGGUGAAGCUGUCAAUCAGGGUAUUAUGACUUCUCAGAUGUCUUCUUUGCUGUUUCUUGUGGUUGGUAUUUCAAUGGCUAUCACACCAUGGUUAGCUGCUGGAGGCCAGUUAAUAGCAUCUCGCUUUGAACAACAAGAUGUUCGUAGCUUAUUACCUGUAGAGAGCGAGACAGAUGAUUUGCAGGAUCAUAUCAUUAUAUGUGGUUUUGGACGUGUUGGCCAGAUCAUUGCCCAGCUUCUUUCUGAGAGACUAAUUCCAUUUGUUGCUCUUGAUGUGAGGAGUGACCGAGUAGCAGUUGGACGUGCACUUGACCUUCCUGUAUAUUUUGGGGAUGCUGGUAGUCGAGAGGUGUUGCAUAAGAUUGGGGCGGAAAGAGCUUGUGCUGCAGCAAUCACUCUAGAUACACCUGGUGCAAAUUAUAGAACCGUUUGGGCUCUCAGCAAGUAUUUCCCAAACGUAAAGACUUUUGUACGUGCUCAUGAUGUUGAUCAUGGACUCAAUCUGGAGAAGGCUGGUGCAACAGCGGUUGUGCCUGAGACAUUAGAACCCAGUCUACAGUUAGCAUCUGCUGUUCUUGCACAAGCUAAAUUACCAAUGUCGGAGAUAGCAGCCACAAUCAACGAGUUCAGAUCCCGUCACCUUUCAGAACUAACCGAGUUGUGUGAAACUAGCGGUAGCUCUCUAGGGUACGGGUUUUCUCGCAUUGUAGUCAAACCUAAAAGUCAGCCUUCAGAGUCAACAGAUGACAGCCAAGUCAGUGAAGGAACACUUGCAUCAUAAAAGAUGCUGAAAACUAAAUAAAUCUGAGAAGACCAAAAAUUUGUAGGGUUUGCCCCCAGAUAGAUACGAACUGUACAGGUAAAGAUUUUGGGAUGCAUGAUGCGACUUUUUAUUUUGACCUUUUGAGAAGACCAGCCCAGAUUUUUAGGGUUGACUCUGCUUUCCUUUUAAUCUUUAAACGGUUUAUGACAAUUCGACUGCUCUUUUGGGGGAUCAAUCUUUCUGAAAAACGAAGUCACAUAUGAAAAUGAUGCUUAAUUGAAAUUUUGGUUACUUAA